GGUAGUGUUUGAAGCAGUCACAUCACUAAUGUCACAUUUCUGAUAAAUACUCUUGCGUCUGUGCUGAGCUCCGUGCUGGAUGGGUGCAGGACUAUAGUGUCACACCUGAAAGCCCCAGGAUCAAGUGAGCUGAUAUUCUUUGAGAAUGGGGAGAGGAGAGGGAAAAAAAAGAGGAACUGGACCACUCUAAAACUGGAGAAAAUGAAAGCUAUUGGCCGGAUCUAGAGGAAAGCAUACUACCUUUUGGAAAGAUUAAGGAGCUAAAGAUCAGCCAAAAAGAACUUCAGCUUUCCACCGCGAAGGAGUUACAUGGAUUUCUCCUUUUAAUCUGAAAGGAACUCCUUAAAUAGAAAGCCAAAUAACCCAAAACCUCUCCCGUUGCAGGAAACACUAGUAUGGAAUGUCAAAAAUGGAUACAGCAAUAGAUGUUGGUUGCAAUAUAAAUCCAGCUGUAGAUACAGGACAGAAUAAAACUCUUACAGAAAUAGAAGCUUUUUUGAAUAAUAACCUCUUAACUGCAAUAGAAAUAAGCAGUCUUUCUGAGCAUCUCCAGAGUUCUCUUCCCCUGUCAGAUGGUCCAAGCAGCUGUACUGACGACCAGUUCAGGAGUACAUGUCAGUCAGCUAGAUCUCUGGAACUGCCAGUGAAGCUUCCUUUAAUUGCAACAUCUAAUGCAAAACAGCAGGAUAGCCCUUCUGUAUGUGAAGUACUAAAUUCUUGUAAAAGUACUACUGUUUUGUCAAAGGAAAUACACUCAGAUCAACUCAGGUGUGCAUUAUCAUUGCCUUCUGAUAAAAAUAAUCAAAAGUCAAAUGAAAUAGACCAGGUGGAAGCAACUGUUGACACAAAAACAUUUUUAAAAGAAAAUCAGUUAAGUACAGAACUAAACUGCAACAAUGUCUUCCUGACUCAUGUCAAUGAUGCACAAUAUCCAAGACAGUCUGAAGAGCUUACAAAACAAUAUACUGAUAGUUCAUUGCCGUUCUGUGGAAAUGUGACUGAAAGAAAGAAAUAUGCAGUACAUUAUAGGUCAAAAACUCAAUCUGUUAUAAAGGAUUUUGAUAAAAAAUGUAGUUCAAAUAAUCUGCUUCAUUGUGGUAUUAAUAGUAGCAGCAACACCAAUGAUAUGAACUUGCAGGCAAGAUCCAGUGGCUUGUCUCGCAGUAUUCCUUCACCUCUUCAGCUUAGCAGUGAAUGUAACAUAGAUUUUAAGAUUCCUGUGGACAAGAUUAAACCUGAAGAAACCAUUUAUGAUGCUGAUAUGGAGUUGACGGCCAGUGAUGUAGGUGAACUACUCACAGUUACAGCAAAAGAUAAAGAUAAACUACACCAAAAUAAGAACAGUAAUGCCAGUUCUGAUAAAAUACCAGCAAAUUUCAGAAGAGUAAAAUAUUCUAAAGAGAAAACUAAAAGCAAGCCUAAAGUAAGUUCAAAUUCAUAUGCAGAAGAAAGGCACCCUAAGACUGACAGUAGUACAGAUUCAAAAACUAAUGACUCAGGAACUCAAAUAUUCCAAAAUCAGACAGAACAGCUACCUACAUGGAAUUCCUUAGGGAUACUGAGUUUAAAAAAUACUAGCAAAUAUUAUCGAGCACAGGAUUGCCCAAGUAAAGCUAAAGAUACUAGGAGGACAUACCUGGUUAACCUAGUGAGUCCAAAGAAACAAGAACAGGAGACAAAUCAAGAAACUUUCCCAGAAAGGUUUGAAGAUACGGAAAACAAAAUGCAAAAAGCAGACUCUGACUCAUCUAAUAAUAAGAUGUCACCUGAAGUUUGUUGUGAUGAAAGUUUUCCAUUCCAGGAAAACACCUCUAAUGCAUUGUCUUUACAGCAGGACUUUUUAUGUACAGAUGAGAAACAUAGCCCAGAAAUGAAUAGGAAAGCCUUUCAGAACCCUUCCAAAAAGAACAAAACAAAAUAUUGUAGAGAGGAAAAUGGACAGUAUAGAGAAUAUGGUUCAAAAAAGUCUCAAACAGAGAUAUGCAGACAUGACCGGAAGAGAAAAGAGGAUCAGAAGAAUAUUAUAAAGAAUAAAUACAACCAAAAAAGUAGUUACAGACGAAGUGGAGAAACUGAAAGUGGCAGUGUUCAUAAAAUUAUUCAGAAAAUAGACCGAAGGAAUAAUAAUGUUUCACCAGGCAGAUUAAAACGUACAUUAGCAAAAGCUAGCCGGAGAGCAUGUAUAAUACCAACAGAAAACCUUAAGCAAUUCACGCUUUGUAGAAAUGAAGGGUUAAAAAAUAAGAAUACAUUGUACACAGAGAUUGUCCAUGGAAAUAAAAUAGCUAAAACACAGCAAAUACAAGGAGCUUUAGAUUCUCAGAAUGGUGUAGCUAUGAAUACACUGCAAGCUAGUUCCUACGCAAAACAAGUGGCUGAUGUCAGUACUGUCAUGUUAAAGAAAGAGAGAGAUUCUUCAUCAAUGGCACAUAGAAAGCCUUACCUUAUUAAUUCUCCUGAUGGUCAGGUAAAGAACAAAGGGAGCUUUAUUUCUGAUUUUACUGAGAUCAGACCAGAAAAAAAGGAUUUCAGGAAUGUUGACCAAGGGGAGCAGAAUAUUUUGGACAACCAGAAAGCCCUGCCUGAGAUAAGUUCCUUUAUGAGCAAGUUAAAGCCUACAGUUCAAAAAUCAGAAUUUUUAAAAUUCUUACCUGUAGACUGCUCUGAGAAUAUGCCAUUAAGUUCAGGUAGCUUUUUCCAGGAAGGUCUUCCCCAUGUGGAGUUCCCAGCUGUUGAUUACCACAAUGUUUCAGUGAAUUUCUCUAUCCUGAAAAACUCUGAAAUCUGUGGAAAAAACGAUCACGCAAAAACACUGGAUGCUGAAAUAGCAGAGGAAAAACUGGAUCAUACUUUUACAGAAACUUAUAAAAAGUCUCUGACACCUUGUCAUGACUGGCUAAAACGGGAGUGGAAAGAGGUAAGACAGAAAAUCACUAACAUUAUUUAUAUCCUCUAUCAUAUUAUCAGUCAUGAUGUAUUUUCAAGUUGUGGUGAUCAAUAUUCCUAAUAUUUUGUGAUAUAUUACAGGAUGAUGUUUAGCCAGGCAGAUGCAAUUAGUCUACAUUCUUGAGAAGCCAUUAAAGUUGGAGCCUGUACUAAUUUUGCAAAAGAGUGUGGUAGGAUUCAGAAAGUUGGGGAUAAAAAGAUACAGUAACUUGGGCUUUUAUAUACAGGGGAAAUCAGUGAAGUACAUUGUUCCCUUCAUAAAUGGAGAACAGAAGCAAAAGUUGUUUUCAUUAACUAGGUUUACAGAUUUAAUCUGUAGUUCUUCAGGAACACUGUAAUUCAAUGGGAAUUCUCAGGCCUUUACAGAAGAUAUUUUUAGCAGGUCUUCUGUAGCAUCUACUUAGGAGUAUGCUCUCAUAUGACAACCUUUUUUUAAAAUAAGGUAUAUUAAGAAAAAAACUUUACAAUAGUCUAGAAGAUAAACUUUGGAUUAUUUUAUCAUACAGUGAAAUUACUGUAAAGGUGGUAAAGGAAUAUAUGAAUAACACAUCUAUGCUAGAGUCAGUUUCCUAGCUCAGAUUGAUAGCUUUAAUCCUGAACUCUUAGUCUAAUGCUGCUUUUGCUUCACUUGAAUGCCGUGACACUAUAGCCAAACAAUCUCCUAUUUUUUAGGACCACAGGAUAGGAAUACUGUCAGAAUUAGAGCACUGUGCAAGAUACUGCUCUUGGUAAUUAGUGGUUGCUUCUUCCCAUUGUAGAUUUCUUUUGAAGGUGGAGACAGGAUCCUAUAAUUUUAUUAGCUUCCAUGAGAAAUUAAUAAAACCUUGUGAUCAGCAGUAUCAAAGAUUAUUGACAUAAAAAGAAGCAAGCUAAUCAUCUGAUCUUCAUUCAUUUAAGCAUAGUUCAAAAACCAGUUCAUUUUUCAUCCUACAUUCAAAUUUGUGUCUUGAAUUAAAAGGAAACAAGGAAAGGCAGUGCUUUCCGAUGAAUCCAGCUCUUCUGCAUCACUACCUUGAGCUGUGCUUAAAAAGUACAGCUUGAGAAUCUCCUGGCAUGGAAGUUUCUAUCUAAUUAGGUCUAUGUGAAUGUAAAUGUUCAUGCUUAAAGGCAUCCAGCUUUCUUAAAUAAUUCAGACUCAUAGGUGUCUCAAAACACUUACUGCUCAGAAGGAAGCUAAACUGAUCUCUGACCUCAAGUUUUAGGAAGUUAGGGUCAGAAUCACAUUUUACUUCCCCUUUAAACCUCAUCCAAGUCAAGACUGAUUUGUGAGACAGAGUUGGGAGGUGUUUCAUGAUCAAAGAGCCCUGUCUCAUUUAAACGAAACAGACACUGCUCUUCCUUGAGGAAAAAAUGAACUCUGUCAAAAAAUAAUGUUUUUUUUCCUUUUGCCCUCAUAAGUCAUGAGGGACUUACUGCAAGCAGCCCAAAGUCACUUUAAUACACCUAUUAUACUUACAACUAAAGUUAACAAAAAUCCAAUGAAGAACCUCUGAAAUGUGGUAAGCAGAGACAUAGAACAGUAAAUCAGAGGAAUAUUUAUAAAAUGAACAGUCUUCUCUACUGAGAUAUUUUACUUGAUUUCAGCACAGAAUUCUGUUAGAGUGAUAGUAAUUUAGUACUAUCAGUUUGAUCAUUAGUUAAGAGUGUGCAAGACAUUGUGAUGUUAUUGCAAAGAAAGAAAAUCUUCGCUUCUUUAACAUAUAAACAUUCAGUGUUAUAAUGUAUUCGUUUCAGGAUAGGCCUAUCAGAAAAUUUGUCAUUUAUCCAAUAUUAGUCUCCCCUAUGAGAUAAAUAGCAUGCGUCUUUUGUCAUAUAGAAUCUAAGGUGAGUAAAGACUCGAAACUCAGGAAAUGAAGAUAAGAGAGUUUUAAUUUUAAUUCAAUUGCAAAACUACAUCCGAAGUGUUCUUAACUGGAUGCAGGAAAUACAGAACCUGAUCUGUAUCAGUGAGGAAUAUACAUUCUUGGAAGAACCUUUAUGGGAUCCAGAUUAAGGGUAUAUUUAUUUCGUCUUGGAUUACGCUCUGCAUUAAAUCUCAGUGCUUCUCAGAAAGACUAUAAUCUGUGAAUGGUUUAGAAUUUUUGAAAUGUGGGUUAAAGUAAUAACCUCAGUAUCUAUCACAAAUUACUGAAAGUAUUUGUCUCCAAAUUAAGUAUUGAUAUUUAGUCUAGCAUUCUGAAUUGGUCUUAAAAACUCCAAAGUUUACAGAAAGUUAACACAAAUAGUGCUGCUUUUGUCAAGGCUGGCUAAUUUUUAGGUAUGAUAUUUCUCUUUGACAUGUUCUGUGAUUCAAAAUAUGAGGCACUGUAAAUAGCUCCAUAGUACACAGAUUUAAAAAUAUAGGGGCUCACUUAAUCACCUCGCUAGGUUCAUUUCUCGCAGAAAUGGCAUAAAGUUGGAAAAUCCAAGUCGUAGGCAGGGAAAAUCCAGUCCUAGGGAACUGCCUCAUACAGAUUAAAUCCUCAAAUGACAGAUGUAUGCCAUCCCCCUGCAUUUAGGGCCAUGACCUGUUUGCAGUUUUACUUUUUCUGACUGUAACACCAACUUUUGGGAGCCUUAAAUAGCUAGCUUCAGCUUACUUUGAGGAUUUCUUAGACUGUCCCAAGAGUCAUAGCAGUCCUCAAACCGCUCAAACUAGGAUAGGUGAAAGCUGCUGUAACAGCAUUUGGCUUUGCUCACCUGUUCCAUCAUUUGCUGAACAUCUUUAGAUGAGGAGCAGUAACCAAUUAUUUGAAUUAACAAAUAUUAAUUUAAAAAAAUUAUGAAUUGAAAAUUUACUUAAUGAUUCAGGAAAUAUUUAGAAUGAAGUAUAUAAACUACUGUAUUUACAGGGAGAAAGGCAUUGCAAGAUGUGACAAAUACCAGUAUAUAUUCUCUCACUUCCUUACCUAAAUCCCCCAAAA